AUGAUUCAAUUCCAACGAAGCUGCUGCUUCUUCUCCUCCACCACCGCCACCACCACUCCUUCUCCCUCUCUUCGCCACCUCAUGUUUCAACUCAGGUCGUUUCACUAUCCGGUAAUCCCGCCGCACGUGAAUGUAACCUACAAUUCCGUCCAACGCCGUAACCGUUUUUCAUUUCGUUCAUUCAGUGUCUCUAAUUUCACUACUCUGAAAUCCGUUACGCCAGUUAGCGGUUUCAGUUUUCAGUUUCCGGCGAAUGGCGUUGAAAGGAGUUUACCGUUCUCGUCUGUGGCGCCGGAGAAGAGUAAACGGAAGAUAAUUGUAAAAGCUGUUGCAGUUCGUGGUAAGGAUAAGGAUAAGGGCGUGAGUUCCAAGAAACCUGCUGCUAAAGAAGUUAAUAAUGUGGAUUUAGGGAAAACUGGUUUGAGUCAAGAGUCUAAGAGUGAUAAACAGGAUUCCAAAAUUAUUGCUGCUAAGAAGAAGAAGCCGGUGCAGAGUAAGAAGAAGGAUGGUAAGACUUCUGCUGCAACGCUUUCGUCGCAAGUGGUUGCUAAAGAGGUUUCUAGAAAGGCAUCUUCCAAAGGGAAGAAGACUAAUUUAAAGGAUUCGUCCGGUAGCACUUCAAAAGAAAUACAGGAUGAUUCUGCUUCUACAAGGUCGAAGAAGAAGGAAGUAAUCUCUAGCCAGGUUGAUCUGGAGAAGCCGCUAGGGAAAUUUACAGAAAAACCACUAUAUCCACCCGGGGGAAAGUCUGUCGUGGUUGUGGAGUCUGUCACAAAGGCAAAAGUUAUUCAGAGAUACCUCGGUGAUAUGUAUGUAGUCUUGCCAAGCUAUGGCCAUGUAAGAGACUUGGCUUCCAGGUCUGGAUCUGUGCGACCCGAUGAUGAUUUUAGUAUGGUCUGGGAAGUUCCACCAUCUGCAUCUGGUCACCUGACGAGCAUCAAUGUUGCAUUGAACGGAGCAGAAAAUCUUAUCCUUGCAUCAGAUCCGGAUCGUGAAGGAGAGGCAAUUGCUUGGCACAUAAUUGAGAUGUUACAACAACAGGGGGCUCUGCAUGAUAAUAUUUUUCUGGCUAGAGUUGUCUUUCAUGAAAUAACCGAGCAAGCUAUAAAAACUGCUUUGCAAGCUCCACGAGAGAUUGAUGUGAAUUUGGUUCAUGCUUACCUUGCACGGAGGGCCCUUGAUUAUUUGAUUGGGUUUAACAUUUCACCAUUACUAUGGAAGAAGUUACCGGGUUGCAAAUCAGCAGGAAGAGUUCAAUCUGCUGCACUUUCUCUUGUAUGUGAUAGAGAAAUGGAAAUUGAUCAAUUUAAACCCAAGGAGUAUUGGACCAUGGAGGCCAAGUUUAAUAUGAAAGAGCGUAGAUUAAACAAGGACUUAACAUUUCUUGCUCACCUGACCCGUUUUGAUUCAAACAAGUUGAAUCAAUUUUCGAUUACUUCUGGUGGGCAGGCAAGGGAUAUUGAAAGCAAAAUAAACUCUACAGAGUUUCGGGUUAUUAGCAUGAAAAGAGACAAAUUUUCAAAAAGUCCUCCUACACCUUAUAGAACAUCAACACUUCAGCAAGAUGCUGCAAACAAAUUGAAUUUCUCUGCAAGUCAAACAAUGAUGCUAUGUCAGAAACUCUACGAGGGAGUUGAACUACCUAAUGGUAUAUCUGUGGGUUUGAUAACAUACAUCAGAACUGAUGGGCUCCAUAUUUCUGAUGAAGCUGUUGGCAAUAUUCGCUCCCUGAUCAUUGAAAGGUAUGGACAAAAUUUUGUUGCACAAAGUCCACCAAAGUAUUCUAAAAAGGUGAAAAAUGCACAAGAAGCCCAUGAGGCUAUUAGACCAACUGACAUAUGCAAGUUACCAUCAAUGCUGGCCGGGGUAUUAGAUGAAGAAUCCUUGAAGCUAUACACACUUAUUUGGUCAAGAACAGUUUCAUGUCAGAUGAAACCAGCUAUUUUUGAGAAGAUACAACUUGAUAUUGGAGAUGCUGAUCGGUCUAUUAUGUUUCGGUCUGCUAGCUCAAGGGUUGAAUUUCCUGGAUACCGUGCAGUUUUUAUGGACAUUGUCACUGAAGCUGGACAAGACAAAGAUAGUGACGAAUCCAAUCGUGAGCUAGCUUUUGAGGUUCUAAAUUCCUUUAAGACAGAGGAUCUGUUACAUCUUGUUCAAACUGAGGUGACUCAGAAGCAUACGCAACCACCACGACGUUACUCCGAAGCAUCAUUGGUUAAGGAGCUUGAAGAGCGUGGGAUUGGACGACCUUCAACAUAUGCAAGCACAUUAAAAGUAUUACAGGAUAGGAAGUACGUGACCGUAAAACAACGUGUUCUCUCUCCAGAAUUUCGUGGUCGUAUGGUUUCAGCUUUUCUGUCGCAUCAUUUUUCAGAGGUCACAGACUACAGUUUCACGGCUGGUAUGGAAACUGAGCUUGAUAAUGUUUCUGCUGGAACAACCAAAUGGAAAGGCCUCCUCGGAGAUUAUUGGAUACGGUUUAAAUCAUAUUGUGAGCAAACUUCUAAUGUUCAUAUUCACCAGGUUGAGAAGAUGCUAGAAAAAGAGUUUGAGGAUUAUUUAUUUGGUUCUCUCCUAAAUAAGAGUCGAUCGUGUCCAUGUUGCACGGAAGGCACGCUGAUAUUUAAAGUAAGUAGAUUUGGUGCUGGAUACUUUAUAGGCUGUGAUCAACAUCCGAGCUGCAAAUACAUUGCUAACACAUUUAAUGUCAACGAAGAGGGGGAAGAUACACCUCAGCCAAACACUACGAUAGAGGAACCUAAACUCCUAGGCUUUCAUAGUAGUUCAAAUGAAAAGGUUCUUUUGAAAAGUGGUCCUUAUGGAAUCUAUGUUCAGCUUGGAGAAAACAGGAAGGGAAACACACCUAAAAGAAGCUCUGUUCCUUAUGUAAAGGAUUUGAAUUCUACCACCCUUGAAGACGCACUUGCGUUGCUACAAUAUCCAUUGACAUUGGGUAAGCAUCCUAAGGAUGGACAACCUGUCAUAUUAAAGGUUACAAAGGCUGGCUAUUAUAUAAAACAUAAACGCACAACUACUUCUAUUCCUAAGGAUAUGAAGGCAAGUGAAGUGACAUUGGAAAAAGCAGUUGAACUCUUAUCAAGUAAAGAUGUGAGACAAUUUGAACACAAAGACAAACCUAAAGUUGAAGUUGUUUAG